AUGGUUGAUGCGGAUUGGAAGCCUUCAAUGGGUUUUGUUUAUGGUGAGCUUAAAGUAGCAAAAGAAGAAAUUAUGAAAGCUUUGGGUGGAAACGAGAAAGCUUACAAGCCUAUUAUAGAUAUCAUAAACAACAAGAUGAAAGAUUUUGAGAUGGAAAGACAAGUCGUGAUGAUUGAUUUGCCAAAAUACAAGGAAAAAUUGGUAGAUUUGGAGCUCGCAAUUAAAGGUUGUAUGGUGAAUAAUGCCGACUUUGAUCCGGACGAAGAUGACGGUGAUGGAGAUGAAGUUGACCCCGAACCAGUUAUGGAAAAGAUUGAUGAAGCUCUCAAGACCAACAAUAAUCAAGUACCCCGUAAAAGUUCAACAACGACAAAACUUUACAAUGAAGAUUUCGAAUCCGAGAAUGAUGAGCAAGUGUUUGAAGAAGAUGAAUAUGAGUCGAAUGGAGUUAAAAUAGUGGAAGAACUUGAAGAUUAG